UAUAACGGGCAUCCCCAUGGCCGAGACGGGUAACCUGCUGUGGCGGGAGGGGGGAGAGCCGGCCCGGGGCACUGUGCGCGCCGCCCGCUGACGGACACGCCGCUGCCGGGCUGAGCGGCGGCCGCCCGGGAGAGCCGUCUCCGGUGGCCGCAGAGUCCCGCCGUCCCACCGCUGCCCCGCCGCUGCUCCCCCGAGGGACCAUGGUGCCGCGGGCCUGGCGCAGCGCAGGGGCUCGCCCGUUCCUGCUGGCGCUGCUGCUCGUGCAUCUGCCUCAGGGUCGCGGCCAUCGAGCCACGGGGCCCCGGUAGUUCUCUCAUGGAGGAAAGGGGAGGAGAGAAAAGGAUUGAUAACCCAGUCCCGUUUCUUUUGGAUGCUGAAGUAAAUGGGAACACAGUUUUUAAUAAGCGACCGUGACAGAGACCCUCAGUGUAACCUGCAUUGCUCCAGGUCCCAGUCCAAACCCCUCUGUGCUUCUGAUGGCAGAACAUACGAGUCAAUGUGCGACUACCAGAGAGCCAAAUGCCGGGAUUCAAGUCUGAGCGUGACACACCGUGGCCGGUGCAAAGAUGCCGGCCAAAGCAAGUGUCGAUUAGAGAGAGCUCAAGCUCUGGAACAGGCAAAGAAGCCCCAGGAAGCAGUCUUCAUCCCAGAAUGCAAUGAGGAUGGAUCUUUCACGCAGGUGCAGUGCCAUACCUACACUGGAUACUGCUGGUGUGUGACACCUGAUGGCAAACCUAUUAGCGGCUCUUCUGUACAGAACAAAACUCCUGUAUGUUCAGGUUCUGUAACUGAUAAACCAUCAAGCCAGGGUAAUUCAGGAAGGAAAGUUUCUUUUCGUUUCUUUUUAACCCUCAAUUCAGAUGACGGUUCGAAGCCGACGCCUACCAUGGAAACACAGCCUAUUUUCGAUGGAGAAGAAAUCACAGCACCCACCCUUUGGAUUAAGCACUUGGUCAUCAAGGAUUCCAAACUGAACAGCUCCAGUAUAAGGAAUUCAGAGAAAGUUCACUCCUGUGACCAAGAAAGGCAGAGCGCCCUGGAGGAGGCCAGGCAGAACCCCCGCGAGGGCAUCGUCAUCCCCGAGUGUGCUCCUGGAGGGCUCUACAAACCAGUGCAAUGCCACCAGUCAACUGGGUACUGCUGGUGUGUCCUGGUAGACACAGGACGCCCUCUGCCUGGUACUUCCACUCGCUAUGAGACCCCAGUGUGUGAAAGUGAUGCCAGAUCGAAGAGCACAGAGAUUGAUGAUCCAUUCAAGGACAGAGAACUUCCAGGCUGCCCAGAAGGGAAGAAAGUUGAAUUUAUUACCAGCUUACUUGACGCUCUGACUACGGACAUGGUACAGGCUAUUAACUCAGCAGCACCUACUGGGGGUGGGAGGUUCUCUGAGCCAGACCCCAGCCACACGCUGGAGGAGCGAGUGGUACACUGGUACUUCAGCCAGCUGGACAACAACAGCAGCAAUGACAUCAACAAGCGGGAGCUUAAGCCUUUCAAGCGUUACGUAAAGAAGAAAGCCAAGCCCAAGAAAUGUGCCCGACGUUUUACUGACUACUGUGACCUCAACAAGGACAAGUCAAUCUCGCUUCAGGAGCUGAAAGGGUGCUUGGGAGUCGGCAAGGAAGGAGGUAGCCUGAGCAGUUUCCCCAGUGGAAAAAGACAAGGCCUUAACCCUUUCAUAGGUCGCCUGGUGUAGCAGCAGAAGACAGGAAGGGAAGGCGGGAGCCAACCCAAAGGAAAGGAAGAUCCAGCGACAGACGGAUGCUUGUGAGCAAGCAUGCAGCAUCAGCAACAUCCAGUGUAGCAGAAGUGGCACCCAGAACGUUUGCACUUUUUAAUGAUUGAUUUGGGUUUGGUUUUAAUCGCUUUUCAAUGCCAUUAUCUAAUACUUUGGAGAGUGGGGGGGGAAGCAGGAUCAUGAGUUUUUGAAAUUGAAACAGCUACUGAUGACAUACAAUUGAGUUCACUGGGACUCAAAGAAAGAGAAUUUUAUAUACUGUAUAUAAAUAUAUAUGUAAAUUGUACAGUUGUCUUGUACAGGGCUUGGAGUCACUAUUCUGUUCCUCCCUUUGCUUUUGAAAGCUCUUAGUAUUAGAGGCACACUUUGCAUGUAAUGGGUUACAGUAAUGUUUUCAUUUCUGCCACCAAACCAUUAUUCAAUUGCAAACCUUAACAUCCCCUUGCACAAAGGAGCAAGUAUAUCAGCAUGACUUGUGCUUGCAGAUAUGCACACAGUGCCAAAUGCUUCUUGUGAGCAGCUGAACUCCUUAUUUUCUUACCAUAAAGCCCUGUGCAACCCACAGGCAAUCAGGCUUAGGGAGAGCACAGAUUUCACCUAAGUAUUGGUGCACUGCAGAACUGCUUAAAGUAUGCAUAGAAAAGGGUUGGAUUAAGGACAUAGAAAAGUAGUUUCUGCACCUGUUGCAAGUUGUGCAGAAAUGAACUACAAAUGCAUUACUAUCCAGGCUCAGAAGACAUGCUUAGCAAAGAUGUGCCAGGCCUUGGGAAUAUAACACUGUAGGGAGGACAUGGGAGCCAUAGGCCUAGUAGAAUCAGUGGACUGAAGUCUUGCAUCUUCCUCUCUGAUGAAGUGUUCAUCCAUGUGUUGUUCAAUAAAAAUAUUGAGAAGCCUGCUAAAAGCAGCAUCAGCCUGCCUGUUUCUUUGCUGAACUGCAAAGGACUUUUUGUUAGUGCAGAAAGACACAAUCAUGCUGCUGGUCACCAAGAGUCUGGUUUUACUUAUGUUUCAACACUACAGCUUGGGCCAUGCUGACAGGUCAAGGACUGUCUGCAAUGACUGUCCUUGUCUUUGGUGGUUGUGCACCGCAGGCUCCUCUCCUACACAGUGGUGUGCAUGCCUAGCUUAGGGUGUCCACCCGAUUCACUCUUACCGGUACCUCCUGUGUUAUCAUGCUUCAGUGUCACAUUACUGUAACAGUGAAGGCUUGCGUUGUGGAGACUGGUCUCUUGGAGGCCACAGGGCUUGUUUCAACUACCAGCAGGUUUUCCAGAGUUGUUCCUUAUUUAUCUCAGAUACAAUUGUAAAGUCAACAGCAGGGACACCCAUAUCUGCAAUCUCAGGUUUGGGCAGUGUGUGAUGUGACACACAGUAUUUUUGCUUCGUGCAUUUCCAACUGUUGGCAGCACUUACCCCUUUGUAGGAAACAUUCUAAGCAGCCUCCUACUUCAGAGCUGGCAAUCCUUGUGCCACUCGUCUCUGGACUAAGAACCUGUAGUUGGAAGUGAUGACAUGCCAUGCUAAUAUGCGAUCACACCAACUAUUGCUUAUAACAGCAUUGUCUUACUGUAGAGACCGGCCUAGUCCCUUGAAGCUUUGUUGCUUUGGUAAAAGCUGUUGCAACACAGCAUCUUCACUCUGUGACAUGUCAUCGUGGUGAUCGCUUGAGAUAAACACAUCACAGCAGGAGUGUCCUGAUGCAGUAAGUUAGUGCCUUGUUGACAAAAUUGGAAGUUUAAAAAAACCCAUUUAUAUAAAUAACUGUUUAAGAGUAGUAAUAAUUCUUCCUCUGGGAAGCAGAUUGGAGUUAAAGCAUUUGGCAUGGUUGAAGACACCUCUGGUAAUCUCUAAAGUAUAUAUCAUACCACCAUAAUAUGAAGAAGCACUGUUUUUAGCAUGAGGGGAUCCUGUUGCUAGAAUGUCAUGGUUUCUCACAUACGAUGUAUGUGGAGUUUUUGGCCUGCAAGCUCCCAUCUUCUUGAUUGCAUCUUCUCUUUUUUAAAUGCUUGGGGAACGUCAUUUGUGCAUUGAAAUGAUUUGGUUUAGUGUAUAGUUAGAAAUGUCCCUUUCACUCAUUAAUCCUAUUGUAGAAGCAAAGAAAGAAAUCCAAUUGUAUAAAAAAAAACCCAUUUUUAAUAUGGUAGUUUUAGGAAUUAAAAGCUCUGGCUGCUGGUGGUGUUUUGUUUUGUCUUAAUGUAUAGUUGCAUCCAGCAAAAGCAGCCACGUGGAUGCCCACAGGAGUUCUGUCAGCUAGCCGCUGGGGCCGGGUGAUGCCCCACAAGAUUGCUGGGGGAGUGCAGAGCUGCUAAAAGUCAUUGCAUCUUUUCUUCUGGCAAACCAGCCAGCCAUGGCUCCUGCCUGUCACAUCAAUCUUCCUGCAGCCCUCCUAUUUCUCGUCCUUGUGUCUUUCUCCUCCAAAAGGCCUGUGUUCACAUGUACUUAGCAAUUAAAAUUGGGUCAGUUCUUCAAGGAAGCCAAACUAGGGGUGGCUGUUGAUGUCAGCUUUGGUAUUGGUGGGUAUUCAUAUUGCUAUGCUAGAGCUGACUCUAUGGAUGGAUUGGGGUCCAAGCAUUAUAUUGCUUUCCUCUUUACAUUCAUGAGAUAAGUCCAAGUCACCACAUUCUGACUUGUUGGGUUUGCAUGCACCUCUGAGCAGGUUCUGGAAACACUUGUACAUUGACAUGCAAGACCCACCAAGCAUAAUUGUGUAAUGUCCAGAUAGAGGCUGGGUUACUUGUUCCGGGUUUGUGUGUUGGAAGAUUGUGCAGACAGUACUGGUCCCAAUUCAUAUAACACAUCCUGUAAGCUGUGCAAACUGUCUGCACAUGUCAGAAGAGAGCAGGGCCUCUUCUCUCAUUGCUUUUAUUGCCAAAUAACUGGCCAGUCCACCUGGCUGUUAGGCCAAACAUGUCCUUAUCUUGCAGCAGUAAGGAUGUUCUGCUCUGCCUUGCAUCGGUAGCAUUCUGAUGAAGCUGGGGAUUGGGGAGUGUCAGUGUUGUGCCUGGAAGCAGACCUGGGCAAGUCUCUCCUCAUCCUUCAAGUUCUCCUGGGCCUCUCCAGCUCUACUUUGAAUGACAGCUGAAAACAGCUGGGACAGAGAAGAGAACCAAGGGCUCCAUAGUGCAAGUCAUCUGCUCUUCCUGCCAGAAGUAAAAAUCUUUCAUUUUUAUGCUGAUCCUCCAAGGGCAUAAUGUGUUGGAGGGAACUGCAUUACAGUGGGAUUCAUCUGUGUGAAGGUACCACUUUCCAUGGCCUGAGUUUAUAUUGAACUUACGCUGCCCCAGCACAUUUCUGCCUAUGGCAUUGUUUGUUAGACUGAAAGGCAUCUGUUUGGUUUUGGUUUUGUAAUAAAAUAGAUAACUUUUG